AAUCUGAUCAGCUGAUCUGACCUGGCAACAACAUUCAGAGAGCUCUAACAGGGAGGGGAACCUUUAACAAAACAAUGCCUUUAAUAUUUAAGAAAGCACUUUAAUACAACGCUCUAAUUUUUUAACUCUUAAAACGGGUGAUACAGUUUAUUGGUAGGAAAAAACCGUGGUUAUAUUUUGAGAAGAAACUGCUAGCUAGCUAACAAGCUAGGAUUACUGAGUCACUAUCUUGUACCAGGCGACUGUGUUUUUGUUGUUGGGUAAACAUCUGAUUUUCUCGUGUCUUUUACAGAUAAUACUUGAAAAAACAACGAUUCUGUCUUCAACGUUAACCGGGUUGUGGCAAAUAGACACGAUUCAGUUGUUUUGCUGCAUGUAAAUAACACAGGUUUUGAAUAUUAAAUAUUUUAAUUGUCAUUUGUAUGCGUUUCGUCGCAUCGAGUAGCUAACCUAAAUGUUUCAGGGAAAUUCUGAUGGGUAUGUCACAGCGAUAAUAUUUCAUAUGUAUUUCUGUAAGAACAUAGCACAUUCGGUUGCAUUAAAAACGAUGGGUAGUUAAGCAACCAAGAGGUUUAGCAAAGCAAUGUUACUUCGUUCUUUAUUUUGACAUUUCAGAAACUGUUUUACGUUAGCUGUAAUUUUCUAUGUUUAGGUACAAAACUUGGACAUUGAUAUUAUCCGUUCAACUCAAUUGCACUUAGUGAUUGAAAGAACAGCAUUUUGCACUGUGCCAUAAUUUAAAAAAUAGAUGUACAUUUGUUAUUAUUUUAUUUGUAAACAAACGGUGGGGGUAAGUACAGUGUAAAUGUUACAGUAAAUAGUUAAGAACUGCUAAGUUCUAAAUGCACAACACCAUUCUACCUUACUGAUAAGUCAGAGGAAAGGGAUCAUGCAUGCGAUCAUCUAAAUAUAUAAAUCAUAUAUUUAUAUGUAUACCGUAGUAUAUCGCAUGUACAUUAACUCCUAUAUAUAGUAGCCUAAUAUUGAAUAUAAGCGUAAAUAUAGCGGAUACAUAAUAUCUUAGUAUUAAAAUACUGUCUGUACAGAAUCAUAAAGUGCGAAACAUGAGUGGCCAGGGUCCGUCUUCAGAAAAGGGAGUUAACACCAAUUUAGUUUGUCAAGAGAGCUAUGCCUGUGGGGGCUCCGAGGAGGCCGUAUUUGAAUGUGAUGAGUGCGGAAGCUUGCAGUGCGUUCGCUGUGAGUUGGAACUCCAUCGCCAGGAGCGCUUGGCAAACCACGAGCGUAUUCGAAUUGGACCGGGGCACGUGCCCUUUUGUGACUCCUGUAAGGGAGCUAACGGUAGCCCUGUGAUUGGUGGUCGGCAACGGGCGGUGGUGCGCUGCCAGGGCUGCAAGAUAAACCUCUGCUUAGACUGUCAGAAACGCACCCACAGUGGAGUGAACAAAAGAAAGCACCCUCUCACCAACUACCCGCCACCCAAACCUGUAGAGGCAAGUUCUGGUGCUGGUGUGGAUGAAGCCGAGGCGUGGAAGGCCAGAGUUCUGGAGAAGGUCUGCAGUUUUCUCCUUGUGGACGAGAAUGAAGAGAUGCAGGUGAAGGACGAAGAAAUAUUUGUCAAGAAAUUGGACUGCAAUCCUGAACAGCUCCUCAAGGUGGUGUCCAUUUUUGGGAACACGGGGGAGGGUAAGUCCCACACUCUCAACCACACAUUCUUCCUGGGCAGGGAGGUGUUCAAGACUUCCCCUACUCAGGAGUCUUGCACAGUGGGGGUGUGGGCGGCUUUGGACCCCGUCCACAUGGUGGUGGUCAUCGACACGGAGGGGCUGCUGGGGGCAAGCUCCAACCAGGGCCAACGCACCCGGCUGCUGCUGAAGGUGCUGGCCAUCUCUGACCUGGUAAUCUACCGCACCCAUGCUGACCGUCUGCACGAUGACCUCUUCAAGUUCCUCGGGGACGCCUCAGAGGCUUACCUGAAGCACUUCACCAAGGAGCUGAAGGCCACCACCGCCCGCUGUGGACUGGACGUGCCUCUGUCCUCUCUGGGACCGGCCGUUAUCAUCUUCCACGAGACCGUCCACACCAAGCUUCUCGGCUCAGACAAGCCCUCUGAGCCGGUGGAACGGCUGCUGCAGGAACGCUUCCGGAAGCUGGGCCGGUUCCCAGAGGCCUUCAGUUCCAUUCAGUACCGCGGCACACGCACCUACAACCCGCCAACGGACUUCAGUGGCCUGCUGCGCAGCGUGGAGCAACAGCUGGACAACAACACCACGCGCUCGCCACGUUCCUCUCGAGUCAUCUUCAAAGCCCUGCAGGCCCUGAGCGAUCGCUUCAGCGGGGACAUCCCGGACGAGCACCUGGCCCACAGCUCCUUCUUCCCGGACGAGUACUUCACCUGUUCCAGCCUCUGCCUCAGCUGCGGCUCCGGCUGCCGGAACAGCAUGAACCACCUGCGGGAGGACGUGUGCCAUGAGGCCAAGCACCGCUGCCGCUACUCGGUCCACUACGACAACCGCGUCUACACCUGCAAGGCGUGCUAUGAGGGAGGGAAGGAGGUGAUCGUGGUGCCCAAGACGUCCGCUUCCUCUGACUCGCCGUGGCUAGGCCUGGCCAGAUAUGCCUGGUCCGGGUAUGUGAUCGAGUGUCCUAACUGCGGCGUGAUUUACCGGAGCCGGCAGUACUGGUACGGGAACCAGGACCCUGUAGACACCGUGGUCCGCACCGAGAUCCAGCACAUAUGGCCAGGGUCGGACGGCUUCCUGAAGGACAACAGCAACGCGGCGCAGCGGCUGCUGGACGGGGUCAGCUUCAUGGCGCAGUCCGUCUCCGAGCUCAGCGUCAAGCCCGCUAAAGCUGUCACCUCCUGGCUCACGGACCAGAUCGCACCGGCCUACUGGAAACCCAACUCCCUCAUCCUGGCGUGCCACAGGUGCUCCGAGAUCUUCCAGGACAACGAUACCAAGCACCACUGCCGCGCCUGCGGGGAGGGCUUCUGCGACAACUGCUCCUCCAAGACCCGGCCCGUCCCGGAGAGAGGCUGGGGCCUGGCCCCCGUGCGGGUGUGCGACGUCUGCUUCGAGCAGAGGGGCCUCAGGCCAGAGCUGCUGGAUGCGGAUUUGGAGGAUGAGGAAGGUGGGACGCUGAUAGCCAGGAAGGUUGGAGAGGCUGUGCAGAACACGCUGGGAGCUGUGGCCACAGCCAUAGACAUCCCAUUUGGCCUGGUUAAGGACGCUGCCCGCCCCGCCUACUGGGUGCCCGACCAGGACAUCCUGUCCUGCCACCACUGCCAGCGCGAGUUCACUGCCAAGCUGUCUAAACACCACUGCCGUGCCUGCGGACAGGGCGUGUGCGACGAAUGCUCCCCCGAGCGCCGUCCCGUCCCCUCCAGAGGCUGGGACCACCCCGUGCGUGUCUGUGCUAGCUGCAACCAGAAACCAGGGGACCUCUAGCAGGGCUGGCCCCUUAUUUCUCCACGUGGAACACUGGAGUGAUCCCUGUCCCUCCCCCCAUCCCCGUAGCUAGAAUGGUUAAGCCCAGUGUGUAGCGGAGGCGGUCCUCUGUACACAUAGAAUUUCACUGUUCACCACUUUUAGGCUGUGGGCUCUGUAGAGUGAGAAGAAGCCCCGCCCCAUUUGUCUGUCUGCCUGCUCCAGCACAGAGAAAAAGAAAGUAGCAUAACUGAGUGAGUGGUUAAGAGAUCUCCACCUUUCCCACCCCUAUUCAUAGUCCUUUUUCCACCUGUAAGCUUUCCUUACUGCCAUUUUUUUAUUGAAGGAGUUUUUAUGAAUUUUUAUUGUGGAACCUGACGUUUUCAUAAAAACUAGUAAGUCAGGCAUAUACUUGGUUAGUCCACACCACGCAGGGAUUUUGCCAUAUGGUUUGUGAUUACCACCAACCAUUGAAACAAGUUGUUUGUGCUCUGUAUUGAUGUCAUGUAUAGGAACUGGGAAGUGUCAGUACAGGAUUAGUGCAGUAUAUUCAAGUCACUCCAGUGAGCUGCUGAGACAGUUGUUAAUGGAUUGUGGGGAUGCAAUGAGAUCCAGUGAACAUGUAUGUGCAGAUAUAGAAUUACUAGACUGGCCAAAUAUCUCUUGGUUAUUUUACAAUUGCUUUGGCCAAUAUGAUACCUAAUGGGAUAUACACAAUAUCUUCACCAAAUAUUCUAGAAUUGUACUGUUCCCAUGGUCCUUGGAAAUCCUUGAAAGUAUCCACCAAUUUGUGGAAAAUUGCUACAUUUUUAAAAGUACUUUUCAAAUGAAUAGUGAAUUGACUGUUCCAUUUAGAUUACUAUCUUUCUGUCCAGCUCACUUGUUUGAUGUAAGUUACUUUAAAGUCUUUUCAUGGCAGUGUCUGGCCUGAUCACUGACUUACAUUGUAAGCCUACUUUCAAAACUCUUUGGUGUGUGCAGUUCACUGCCAAGAACAUCUCCAAAAUAUUUUAAAGUAAUAUGACUCACAAAGUAUUUCCCUUGCAAUUCCAUUGUCAAAGGGGCCCAGUUUCCAGUAACCUUGACGAGAGCAGCAGUAACAACUAAUCUUUUCAGUGGCAUUGAAAAGUAGCAUGUAAAAAACAGCUUAAGUGGGACCCCAUGCCUCAGCACCACAGACUCAUUUUAUUUGGUGGAACCGGGCUCCAGGGGUCACAGAAGAACCACUUGAGUUUAAGUGAAGUCCCUGAAUUAUGUAUCGACUUUUUAGCCCACCUCGAAAAUGUUAAUGCUGUGUGAAUGUCCCAGUCAAGAAAGUUUCCUGACAUUGUCCCAGAGAACUACUUCGGGAAUCUCACAUAAUGAAAGUUGCAGGUUGAAACCCUUGUCUCUUUUCCCUCAAAUAAUUAUCUUAUAGGCAAAAAGGAAUUGAAGGGUAGGCGGCUACCUAGAUUACGAUACCUGGUAAAAUAAAGGUGGAAUGCAGGUGACUGCGGGAGAACUAGUCCCAUGUGAAUGCCAGUAUGCUCAAGAGUCUCUCAUGCCCUUCCAUCAGACUGCAUUAGUUGUGCAUUCAUUUCCAAUCCUCUGGAACUGGAGAAGGGAGGGUACUCCCUUGCUGUUAGCCUAUAGAUUCAUUCCAUUGCCAUGAUCGUUCUCAUUACUAAGCUGUGAUCCCGAGUGAUCAAGCAUGUAAUUCAUGAAGUGAGUGAAUCGCAAGAGCAGCCGAGGACGCUGCUUUCAUAUAGUCUGUAUUAUUGUGUAUUUUAGUGGGAAUGGUACAGAAACUGGGAGUUUCAUUCAAGCUAGUCUUUUUUUUUUCUUUUUUAAACGGCAGUCAGUGUAUGGGUUACUUUGAACGAAGAGUGAUGUGGUCACUACGGAUAGUGCAGUCGAAGCAUAUUAUCUGACUCGUGCCAGGAUUGCUGUGGACUGUCCGUCCUUAUUCAACGGGUUAACCUUCCACUGGCUUCGGAUUGCACGCGAUUUUAUGAAACCUAUGUACCGUCCUUCAAGGUAGCUGUUUAACAUCCAACCUGGCACAGUGCACCCUGGUCACCACGUGCACCCUGUUUGAGUUUUGUUUGCCUCGAUAGGUUUGUGAGUUCGCAGGUGUUAAGGAGACGUUGUGCCUGUACUCACGGUGCAGAUGUUAUACCAAACGAAAAAUGAAUUUACACACGGACUGAUUUUGUGAAAAGACUGAGAAACGAGAAGGGAUGAUUCACAGAGCAUAGGACACUUUUAUCAUUUCUGUAUCAUGUAUGCUGAUAUAUUAAACUCCUGAACAUUUCAA